AUGUUGGGUUACUCUGACCACUGGCGCUCGUUAAAGGCCCUCUCCCUCUCCUCCUGCUCCCUCUCGGUCCUUCCCAACUUCACCAUGAACCUACCCUUACUGGAGGUAUUAGAGGUGGAGAACAACCGCUUGAGUGCCCUGCCAGGGGAGAUUGGGCAGCUGCAGCAGCUGAGGGUGCUGCGUGCUGAUAACAACCUGCUCACCAGCGUACCCAUCACACUGCGGGAGUGCACCAACCUGAGGGAGCUGUCUCUCGAGAACAACCGCCUUGUGCGUCCCCUCCUCGACUUCAGGUGUCUGGCGGACCUGAGGGUGCUGCGGCUCUUCAACAACCCCCUUGAGUUCUUCCCGGAGAUCCUCCCCUGCCGCCAUCUGCGUCUGCUCUCCCUGGCCAACGUGCGCAUUGUCAGCGACCCUGACCUCAAGAUCGUGGACGUCAGCAUCGUGCAACUGGAGGCUCAACAAGGCUCCUACUUCUCAGCGUCGAAGCACUGUCUGAGCGACUUCUUCUCGCUCAUCUUCCGCUACUCGUCCGUGCACCACCCGCUGCUGGCUUCUGCCCUGGCGCGCAUCUGUGAGGACAGGGAGAACCGUGCGGCCAUUGGCAAGGAUGAGAGCGCGAUUAGGCAGAUCGUGAGCAUGGUGCUUGCUGACUCGAAACAUGUGGUGAGUGGGAAGAAGGCUGUGUGGGAGGAGAGUUGGAAGGUUGAGUGGUUAAUGGUUCAUGGGAACAGGGUUUGGUUGGGGCAUGGGCUGUGGGGGUUGGGUGGGAAAUGGUGA